AUGACUAAAAGGGAGCGAGAGUUGGAGCGAGUUGAAAAGAGCACAGAACGAGGAGAUCAACCUGUAAUUGAUCGUUGUCGUGAUCACCAGCGAGGAGAUUUGACAGAAGAUGAAUUUGACGAGGAGUUUUGGGUCAAGGUCCAUCUAAAACAGAACAAAGGAUUGUCUUGGAGCAGGGCUAUGGACGAAGUUCGCGUUGAAAGUUUGGUUCAGAAAUACAAGGACAGCGGGGAAAUGAACAAUAACGAUCCAGCUCUGCUGAUGUUAAAAAUUUGGCCAGCAUCUAAACAUUACAAAGAUAAUCCUGAUAAACUUCCUGGACUUGAGCAACAGAUAAACAGGUUUCUGGAGAUUCUGUUGGAAAGUGAACGAAACUCAGGGAACAGAUACAAGGCGUUCCAGGAUGAAGAUGACAAAACAAGAAAGACACUGAUGCACUAUGCAGCAGAACUUGGCUUUUUACAUGUCACCAAAACACUUGCGAGGGAAUGCCCUCUCAUGCUUACCAAAAUGACAGAAGAUCAAUUAAAGCCUGUGAAAAGAAGAGCUAUGUUACCAGUGGAGUUAGCAAUAGUUGCAGAGAAUGAUGAUGUGGCAGCAUAUUUGAUUCGAGUUAUGGGGCAUGGAAGAGUUCAAAGCUUACUUUCCUGGACACCUGAAGAUAUGACAAAUCCUCGGCCAUCCCUUUUUAGUUUCAAAGCAAUUAUUGAGAAUCCUAAAUUGCAGAAAACAGUAGUGGCUGUAUUAGACCAGAUGGUGAUCCCUCAUUGGCCGUAUCUUCCACAGCGUCAAGAAAACUAUGAGACUGAGCAACAGAUGGAGGUGAUUGAAGGAGUCUGGAAGACAAUCACAGAUGAUCCAUUAAACUACCAUUUUUAUUAUCAUAUACUGGAUGGAGAUGAGGAAGGACGACCCCCAAAGAUUGUGGCUUCAGAUGAACAUAAGCAGAUAGAAAACAAAUAUUUUAACCGUAGAGACAAGUCCUGUUUAUAUGCUAUUGCAACAAGCAACAAUAAGGAGGCUUUGCAACAUCCUGUGGUCAGGAUGCUAAUUAAAACAAAAUGGAAAAGUUAUGGACACUUAUUUCUCAGCCUUCAAGCAGCAUUGUAUUGCAUCUUCUUGCUGUUCUUGUCAUCUUCUCUGCUGCAUGCAUCAACCAAACUGGACCCCACUCAUUACAGCGGUGCGCUGGACUUACUGCGUGGAUUUUGUGAGGUUGUCACUCUUCUUAUAGUUGUGUUUUACAUCUGUGAAGAAAUCAAUCAAUUAAGAAUGUAA